AUGAAUCAUAUAGUAAAAGACAAUCUGAUUGAUUUGAACUCAAAAUUAACAGAUGAUAAUUAGAGAUUAUCUUUAUUAGUCUAUGGUCUUAAACGAUAAUUAGAGAAAGCAGCAGUUCAAAUAAAUUAUAUUUAAUCAUUAGAAGAGAGUAUAGAAAUCCUAUAAUUUGAACUAAUAUAGAUGAGAAGAGAUAAUCAAAAUCUUUAAGAAUAAUUAUUUCAUAUUAGGUAGUCACCAAUACCGUAAGAGAAAGAAUAGUCUUUUAGAUAAGAGAUAGAAGAUAUGAAAACAUAGUAUGAAUAGAAAUAUUAAAUGUUACUUAAUGACAAUAAGAGACUAAUUAGAACAAAUAAAGAAUUACAUAAUAAAUAGAUAAUAAGUUUAGAGACUCAAGCUUCUAAAUUAAUGGAAUUGAGUGUUGAAUUGAAAAACAAAUUGGACAACUUUGGAUAAUAACCACAAUCAAUAAAUUAGUCAAUGAUAAGUCCAAAAAUAGUAACAAAGUAGAUAUAUGAUAAUCUCAUCUAAUAAUUAACUUAAAGUAAUGGAGAUGAGAAAACUUUUCGAACAACCCAGUACUGAAUUUACUUAAUAUUAGACAAAAGAGAUUACCAGUUUUAUAAAAUAAAGAAGUUAAAUAAAUAAAUAAAAAUAGCCAAAAAAACUUAGCAGCCAUACCAUUUAUUUCGAACAUUAAUAGUAUAAAAUGA